AAUACAAUGUAUAGCAUUUAGAGCAUAUGCAGAUUUAAAAGUACAGUAAAGCUGGUGAGUCCUUUUCAUUUCAACCCACACGCACCCCACCCACCUCCCUUUCCCCUUCCUCAAAUACUUCUCUGCUCACCCCGCCCAAACAAAUCCGGUUCUUCACUCUCCACCCAAACAAAUGGCUGAUCCUGAAUCCCCCACUGCUAAGGACUCUGCCGCACCAACCACGGAGCCCCACCACACCCAAACCCAAGUAGACGACACUGCCGCCAAACUCAGCAACCUCACCUUUAAAAUUUGGCCCCCCACCCAACGAACUCGUGACGCCGUCCUCAACCGUCUCGUCGAGACGCUAUCCUCCGAAUCCGUCCUUUCCAAACGCUAUGGAACCAUCCCAAAGGAGGAGGCUUCCGCCGCGGCCAAGUUGAUCGAGGAGGAGGCUUUCUCGGUCGCCGGCGCAUCCUUCUCCACCGACGAGGACGGCAUCGAGAUCCUCCAGGUGUAUUCCAAGGAAAUCAGCAAGCGUAUGCUCGACACUGUCAAAGCCCGAGCUGCUGCUGCCACUGACUCCACUCCUUCAGGUUCGGCGGAAGUAGACUCGAAUAACGUGGGAACUGCGGUUGGUGAGGAGGAUUCCUCCUCGUCCGUCAAGGCUGAGGAUUGAGUUUGAGUAUUCUUGUUUCUCACAUUGUCUCUUUAGGGUUCUUUUUUUGUUUAGCUUGAUAAUUGGUAUUGCUAGGGUUUUAGUAGAUCUGUUUCUACUGACUAUAAAUAUUGCGGGAUGCUUAAUUACUUAUAUACCAUGAUAAUAAUAUCUGUAAUGGUAUUUAUCAA